CUUGUUCUCCCUCGAGACAAGCAAUCUGGGAGCAACCAGGACGAGACAAAGGACAACCCUUCCAGAGGUUGUCAAAGGACGCCCCAAAGAUGGGAGGACGAGUCUGGAUUGCAGUUUUGCUUCUGGCAGUGGUCAGCGUUCAAGGACUGAUCCGGAUCCCACUGAAGAAGUACCCAUCUGUCCGGAACCGAUUUGGUCGCUCUGGCGUCCCCAUUGCUGAGGUGUUAAGGCGAGGGGGGAUCAAGGCUGGGAAGCCCUCAGGUUCAUCUUUGGUCACCCGGGAGCGACUCCACAAUUACAUGGAUGCGCAAUACUAUGGAGACAUCUGCAUUGGAACUCCGAAGCAGUGCUUCAGUGUUGUCUUCGAUACCGGCUCAUCCAAUCUGUGGGUGCCUUCCUCCAAGUGUUGCCUCUUCCAUCUGGCAUGCUGGGUUCACAGCCACUACAGGUCCUUCUUUUCCCGCACUCACAAGUCCAACGACUCCAAGUUUGCAAUUCACUAUGGAAGCGGCAGCCUCAAGGGGUUCUUGAGCGAGGAUGUGGUUAGGAUAGGUGAUAUGACCAUUCACAACCAAACAUUUGCUGAAGCCACAGAUUUGCCAGGACUGGUUUUCGUAGCUGCGAAGUUUGACGGCAUCCUGGGACUGGGUUAUCCCUCAAUCUCGGUGAACAACGUCACUCCUGUCUUUGAUAACAUGAUGAAGCAGAAGUUGCUUGAGAAGAACGUCUUCUCAUUUCAGCUCUGCAGCACUAAAAAAAACACCCCAGAUAACAGCGGUGGCGAACUCGUCUUUGGAGGGAUCAACCACGAUGCCUACGAGGGAGAACUGCAUUACCUCCCGGUGUCGCGCAAGGCCUACUGGCAGAUCAAGAUGGACAAGAUAAUUGUGGAUAAAAAAUCCAAGGAGAAAAGAUGCUGGCCGUGGAAAACGUUGAGCAAGGAUGACUCAACUCAACUAUGCAAGGACGGUUGCCAAGGCAUUGUGGACACCGGCACCUCUCUCAUCACAGGGCCGAGUGGUGACAUCCGGGCUUUGCACGAGGCCCUUGGAGCUAGCCAUGCCUAUGGAGGGCAGUACUUGCUGGACUGUGACAAGCUCUCAGAGUUGCCAAAUGUGACCUUUCAACUAGAUGGCAAACCCUACACCUUGACUCCAGAGCAAUACACCCUCCAGGUGAGUCAGUCGGGAGUAAGUACAUGCAUCAGUGGGUUUAUGAGUCUUGACAUCCCUAAACCUGUUGGCCCACUCUGGAUCCUGGGAGAUGUUUUCCUCCGGCAGUAUUACUCUGUCUUUGACCGAGAUAAUGACCGAGUCGGCUUGGCCAUUUCCAAACCAACGGCGUGCGGGGCCAGUUCCGACAAGGAAAAACCUAAAGCAGCGGCUCUUGGCACAGAGGCAACGACUGCGGCUCCGACCACGGAAAGUACCACUCCGUCUGGGGACUGUUAGAUGAAUAGUGCCAUCUGAUACUGAUGGUGGAAAGAGAAGAAAGAUUUGAUAGCCAACAGGUGAAUAUCGUGACAUGGGUCCUGAACUCGCCAUUUCUGAAAAUAAUUCAAAUCAAAAAACGAUAAAAGUUUCUAGCCUUCAUGGUAACAGAGAAAAUAAUCAACAAGGCCCUCGUGAGACUGCCAGCUGGGUAUUUCCCUUUUGAUUCCUGAAUCAAGAAACAAAGUGUCUAGUGGUUGUACCACUUGGCUUUCUUCCAUUCAUAUCAUUAAUUCUACAGCUUAUUAUAUGUUGAAUUUUAAGUUUGGACUCUACGUGUCUACUAGGAUUGACCUCCAAACAAAUAUGGAUAGAACUACAUCAUAU